AAGUAAAGCCCAGUUUGGGUUUAUUUCGGCCAGGGAGCGGCUGGCUCCGGCUCCCGGCGACCCAGCGCCCGCCGGCAUUUGGCUUGGGAAGAGAAGAGAAUAUAAAUCUAAAAUAGGAACCCAAAUGGCUUUCCAAGAAAAUUCUUAUUUUUGCCAUCUCUUCUUCAACCUGAUCUCAUCAGGAAAGGAAAAAAAAAUCUGCUGCAGGACCGCCAGCUGUCCCAGAGGGGCUGAGGAAGAGCGGGGCAAGCGGGGUGGGUGCCCAUGCACCCCAAGCCUCGCAGAUGAUGGGGGGAAACAGGUUGAAACCAGGUCAGAUAGGUCCAAACUGGGUCAGCAAGGUCUCAGCUAGCUCAGUCAGGCCGCAAACAGAUUCCUGCCGUGAUGCAAGGAGGGCGGCUGCGUCCUGCUCUGGGGGGCUGGCCUGGGGUCCCCCCCCCAGCCCCAGGAACCCUGGCCAAAGAGACAGUGUGGCUGCAGGACAGAGAGGGCAUGGGGGCCACGGGGUGCCGCGUCCCGUGGCCCCACUGCUUCUGUGGGUCCUGCCAGUCCCGCCAGCCCUUGGCAGCUGGGGGCAAGCAGGGCGGCCAGGGCUGGGCACCGGCACCGGGGCGGUUUGGCCGGGCAGGGGCCGGGGGUGCUGGCUGCAGCCACCCAGCGCUGGGGGGGCGGCGGGCGAGGAGCCAGGGGCAGCACCCGAUGAGAAACGAGGGUGCGUUGGGCAUCGCAGGCGGUUAGUGCUUGGCCUGAGCGGGGCAGCCCCCACGGGCCGGUGGGACCCCUUGGUGGGGGCCGAGACGCCGGGGGUCUCCCCAGGGGUUCCCUCCCCAGCACUGUGGCUCCCUCGUGUCCCCACGGACCCCUCGUGUCCAUGCAGUGAUGGAAUGGGGCAGCGGGGCGGCAGUUACAGCCCCCGUCGUGGGUGACCGUCCCAUGGAGGGAGCUCGGUCUCCCAUCACCCUCGUCCAGUUCCUUCUCCCACCGCCCUGCUCCUGUCCCCAUCAUCCUGCUCCUGCUCCCCCUGCUCCCAUCGCCCUGAUCCUGCUCCCACCCCUCUCCCACCUCCCCAACCUCACACCGCUUGCUCCAAGCCCCGCAGACCCCGUCGGGGGUCCCGCUGCCUGCUGCUGCCUGCACCGUCGCUGAGCCCCCCCACACCCUGGGGCACCCCGGCCGCUGCGGCUUGGCGUGAGGAAACCCUCUGGGCUGCAUUUGCGGCCAAAGCGGGGAGAAAAAACUGGAGGCUGAAGGCCUGGUGUUCGUUUGUGACCCGCCCGGCAUCCCACGCCGUGCGAGCAGCCCCGGCGCUGCGGCGGCCGGCUUCCUGCUGCGGGCAGGCGCUGCCUGCCAUGGCCCCGCUGCUCCCCGACGCUGUGGCCCCGUUCACAGGCUGGAGACCUGGGGAUUCCCCCCCAACCCCCCGCCGUAGAAGCACUUUUGCAGUGGGGAAACUGAGGCACGGCGCUGCGGGGCGGCUUCGGCAGCGUUCGGGCCGGGCCCCCGGCUCGUCCUGCCUGUACCCGGGGGUGCAGCGGUGCAGGCAGGCAGCCAGGCAGGGCGGGGGUCACGGCGCACCCGGCCCCGCCAUGGGCAGGAAGCCGGGUGUCAGGGCGGGAAGAGGAAGAGCGACUUCCCCAUCCGAGGGGGCAGGGUCCGGCCCAGCGGGGGCUCAGGGUGGGGGGCAUGGCCCCUUCGCCCUUCCCAGGCACGCUGCCUUGGCCGUGUAGCCCCGGGGGACGCUGGGGAAGAGCGUUUCCCCCCAGCCUGGGGCUCUGAGCCGACGCGGCAUCCCCGGCACCUCCGCUCCCUCCCCAUCGCUGCGGCAGGCUGCUGAAGGGGGACGCGAGGGACGCCAAGCCGCGGGGAUGCAGAGCAUCAAGUGCGUGGUGGUGGGCGACGGGGCAGUGGGGAAGACUUGCCUGCUCAUUUGCUACACCACCAACGCCUUCCCCAAGGAGUACAUCCCCACCGUCUUCGACAACUACAGCGCCCAGAACACGGUGGACGGAAGGACUAUUAACUUAAACCUGUGGGACACGGCCGGCCAGGAGGAGUACGACCGCCUCCGGACGCUUUCCUACCCCCAGACCAACGUCUUCAUCAUCUGCUUCUCCAUCGCCAGCCCGCCCUCCUAUGAGAACGUCAAGCACAAGUGGUACCCGGAGGUGUGCCACCACUGCCCCAGCGUGCCCAUCCUCCUCGUCGGCACCAAGAAGGAUCUGAGAAACAACCCCGAGACCAUGAAGCGGCUCAAGGAGCAGAACCAGGCGCCCAUCACCACCCAGCAAGGCAUCAGCCUCUCCAAGCAGAUCCGCGCCGUCAAGUACCUGGAGUGCUCGGCGCUCAACCAGGAGGGCAUCAAGGAUGUCUUCACCGAGGCGGUGAGGGCCGUGCUCAACCCCGUCCCGGCCAAGCCCAAGAAGCCCUGUGUCCUCUUGUGAUGGGGCUGCUGGUGACCAGCGAGAGACUAUCCUGCCCAUGCCCCGGUGCCCCCCAGAGCCCCCCUGCCCACGCCAGUGCCUCCCAGAGCUUCGCUGCCCACCCGGGGAUGGCGGGUCCGGGGCCGCCAGCCUGAAGCCGCCAGCUUUAAUAAUACAGACCUGAUUUGCACUAACUGGCCGUCUGCCCCGGGGGCAGCCGGGCUCCCCUAGCCCCGUGGGACCCCCACCCCGGCCCUGGCUGUCAGCGUUUGCUUUUGGGCGAGCCUCUCUGGUCCCGGCACAGAGCAACGCUUCCUGAGAAGGGGAUACCCAGGGUGGCUGAACCCCCGUCUCCUGACCUGAGCACCCCACAGAGACCUGCCCCCCCACCCUGAGCACUCCAUGGGGACCUGCCACCCCCACCCCCUGCACCAGCGCGGCUGCACAAGGCAUGGGGGGAGGUCCUCAGCCCCCCUGUGCCAGCCCCGGCGCUCGGCCACCCCCGAGCAUCCCCCUGCCCCGGUGCUGGCACGGCCCCAUCCUGCCAUGGGGUCCCGGCAGCCACACUGGGGGUCUCCUGGGGGGGUUGCUUGGGGUGAGCCCAGCCUGGUGCAGCAUCGCCGGCUCCCCGGGGCCGGCGCUGGGGGAGUCCAGCCCUGGUGAGAGCGGAGCCGGCUCUGCCAGAGGCGCGUGUUCCCACGCCGGCCGGUGCCGGGGCUCUGCAGGGCAGUGGGACUUGCCUGUGUAACCAGCCACUCCCUGAGUUGCUUUUUCUUAAAUAAAGAGACCUGCCCAGGC